AUGAAGAAAUUAUAUCUCGCUGCUGUAGCAGGAAAUUUAGGUGUGCUAUCAGCAUCCUUAUUUUUGGGUUGGGCAUCACCAUCUUUACCUUUAAUGAUACAUGGUGGUGAUACUGAUUAUCCUAUACGUUUAAACAUAGAAGAAGCCUCUUGGGUGACAUCUUUAAUUAGUAUUGGUGCCGCCGCGGGUAGCGUUAUUUCUGCAUUAAUCGUGAAUAUCAUUGGCAGGAAGAAAACCAUGUUAUUUACGGUUGUACCCUCAAUAAUUGCUUGGUUGUUAAUAGCCUUCGCAACAUCAUCGUGGGAGCUAUACAUAUCGAGGUUUACAUCCGGAAUAGCUGUGGGCAUCAUGUCUAUGGUCACUUCUAUGUAUGUGAGCGAGAUAUCGCCGGCUGACAUUCGCGGCAAUUUGGGAUCUAUACUAGCAGUCGCUGGGAAACUCGGUAUUUUGAUCGAGUUCACGAUAGGUCCGUUUCUUUCCGUGAGAAAUCUCGCCCUCGUCUCUUUGGCGGGACCAUGCUUAUUUCUGGUCACUUUUAUUUGGCUACCGGAAUCCCCAUAUCACUUGAUGCGUUGCGACACUAAGCAAAAAGCCAUAAACUCUCUUAUUCAAUUAAGAGGUAAAGAAGAUGUUUACAAAGAGGCAGACAGUAUUGAGCAAUUUAUAAAAGAUGAUUUGGCUAACAAAGCUGGUUUUCGUGAACUCUUAUUUAUACCAGGAAAUCGCAGAGCUUUAAUAACGUUGCUAUGCCUGGCUUUAGUUCAACAGUUGAGCGGCUCUCAAGCCGUAAUGCAGUACGCUCAAAUAAUUUUCGAUCAGAUGCACGGUAAUUUGGAGGGUAAAUACUUGACUAUAAUGCUAGGCGCCAUGCAACUAGUUUGCGCGAUCGUCAGCAUGUUCAUCACCGAUUGUAGCGGCAGGAAGUCAUGGCUGAUGAUCUCCACCAUCGGUUCUGCAUGUUCUACUGCCAUGGUUGCGACAUACUUUCAUCUUCAAUACUAUCACGUGGAUACCAGCAAUAUAAUGUGGUUGCCUGCCAUUGGCGUCAUCUUAUACAGAGUUAUGUUUAGCCUGGGUUUGGGAGUGUUGCCGUUUAUUAUGGGCGGUGAAUUGUUUCCCAUGAACGUAAAGGCCCUCGGCAUUAUGAUGGGCACAAUGAUGAUCCAUAUCACAGCCUUUGUCGUGGAGAGUUUGUAUCUGGUUGUAAGCGAAAGUGCCGGUAUGCAUACGCCAUUCUGGAUAUUCACCACAUGCAGCCUCGCUGGUGCUUUAUUCGUGAUUCUUUAUGUACCUGAAACCAGGGGCAGGACACUGGAGCAGAUUCAAAAGAAAUUGCACGGCUCGUCGAAACAAAAAGAACUCAAUUUUUCUACGACGAAUAUUUGA